ACCCAAGUUUCUUAAUUUCUCCCCUUCACUGGAUAAACUAUUCAACCACUAUGAAGAUAAUUAGCCAAGCAACUAUCGUUGGCCUCAUAGGGUUAGCCUUGCUAGCCCAUCUCUCUGGUGCCCAAGACUCCCCACAAGACUAUGUCAACGCUCACAAUGCCGCUCGUGCUCAGGUGGGUGUCGGUCCGAUAAGAUGGGACGACGACGUGGCGGCCUACGCCCAAAAUUACUCAAAUAGGCACAGGGGUGACUGCAGAUUGGAGCAUUCCGGUGGACAAUAUGGUGAAAACCUAGCUGGAAGUAGCGGUGACUUGACAGGAACGGCCGCGGUGAACUUGUGGGUGGAUGAGAAGUCCUACUAUGACUAUGAUUCCAACUCUUGUGAUGCAGGAAGAGUGUGCGGGCAUUACACUCAGGUGGUUUGGCGUAACUCGGUUCGAUUGGGGUGCGCUAAGGUUCGAUGCAACAACGGGGGCACUUUCAUCACCUGCAACUAUGAUCCUCCAGGCAAUUACAACAAUCAACGUCCAUACUCAAACGUUAUAUAGGACUAAAUGGGUGAAUAUAUAUAUAUAC